ACCUCCAACUUUUGACCACUUCCGUUCGGAACACUGCACGUAAACUGCUCAUGAUUCUCCACUUCCUUCCCUAUUCUGGCUCUCUCGCCUUUACUUGAAUUCCCUUCGACUGGGACCUCAACAACGUUAUUUCAACCAUGUCAGAAGCUCCGCAUGAGCAACAGCCUUUGUUGCAGCAAGAUACAGACACCACAGAUGUCUAUCCUAUGAUCCAAAUGAUUCGUUAUGAUGUCAUUGAGUACAUUGAUACCCCCUUGUCAUACGAGACGUUGUUAUUGCCAGAUGUAACGUAUACUGUCGUACGGCCUCUUGAAGAGAAAUACGUGCCUCUUCAACGCAGAGGCAACCUAUCAGUUGUCUUCUGCUUCCUACUUAAUCGCGCGUACUUUCUCAGAGACCGGAACCUCGCGACAUCUUCGCUCUCGCGUUCAAGGGCAGCACUAUGUGAAUUAGUUGCCACCAAGGUGCUGAAGGAACACGCGUACAACAUGCUGGAGCUCGCCCUAGUCCUCACGACAAGCUGGCCAGUAUACUCGGGCGCAGAUCCUGCGCUUUUGCAACGUAUACGAGAAGAAAGAGAAGACGUGGAAGAAAGAGUGGGCAAUGCUAUCGAGAUUGCUAUCAUUACCCAAGCCAAGCGAUUCAUUAAAAGCCCUGCAUGUCAAAAGGUCAUCGACGGGAUCUGGAGCGGGAAGAUCGUCUACCAGGCUGAGAGCAGUCGUUCUAUUCUUUCCGACACCUACAAACGCAACCCAAUUCACUUCUAUGACCCCCACAAAGCUCCCCUGUUGGAUCACUAUCGACUGAAAGUACCAGCCAUCCGUUCAGUGUUGGAAUACUCUAAUUUUGUAAUACUUUUCAUCUUAUUUGUUGUGGCCCUGGAGUUCAACGAGCGCGAUCGGGUGAAUGUAGCAGAAGCGAUUUUCAUGGUCUAUGCCCUGGGUUUCACCUUGGAGAAGGUGGCGGCCAUGCAGGAGCAUGGCAUCAAAGUGUAUUUCAAGGGCACAUGGAAUGGCUUUGAUCUGGCAUUUGUUACUUUGUAUUGCACAUACGCCCUCAUGAGGAUCUACGGUGUCCAUUAUCACAAACUGUGGAUGAGCGAUGCAGGCAUCGAUAUUCUUGCGGUCAUUGCAGUUCUUAUGUUUCCUCGACUAGCGUUUGUUACCCUGAAGAACAACCUAAUGGUCCUUUCACUGCGGGCGAUGAUUACGCAGUUCGUUGUACUGAUGCUCAUUGCCACAUUCUGUUUUGGUGGCUUCUUGUACGCACUCUGGACCCUUAGUCGCAAUGGCCCUGGAUACUCCUCGGGGACUAUCGCUUGGUGGAUGCUGGAUCUUUGGUUCGGUCUGGAUUCGAGUGGAUUCGAAAAUGCAUCGAGGUUUCAUCCGAUAUUCGGCCCAGUUAUGAUGAUUACAUACGCUUGCCUCAGUAACACUCUGCUGCUCACUGUCCUCGUCUCCAUCCUUUCACAUACCUUCUCCACCAUCAGCGAUGACGCCGCUGCAGAGGCCAUGUUUCGACGAGCAGUAUCAACCAUUGAAGGAGUCAAGGCCGACUCCCUUUUUUCCUAUCAACCCCCUAUAAACCUGAUUGCACUUUGCAUCAUGUUGCCCGCUAGUUAUAUUCUAAGCCCUCGCUGGUUCCAUAAGGUCAACGUCUUCAUGAUUAGAGUGACUAGCUUCCCGAUACUGCUCCUCAUCGCAGGGUAUGAACGACAAGCGAAGCGGACUGGAGCAAUAACCUUUUACGACACCAUCACUGCCGCGGCUGAGAAAGUUCUUGACACUCUCCCAAGGUCUCUGAAACGGAUGACUUUGUUUGAAGGUCUCAUGGCCGGAUCUGACGCGGAAAUCGACGCGAUUUUCGAGUUGGAAGAUGAGUUCGAGCAGGAGAGUGCCUUAGAUACUCACUUUGACGCGGGUCCCGUUCCACCUGUCGACAUGCAUGCUCGACAGCGUCGUCAAUCCACGGUAUCUAAACGUCACGUUUCUGGAUCCAGUACACGUAGUCAGGCCAUUCAACCCGACCAACCUUCACCUUCCUCCUCUCCCAGAAAAGCCGAGACCUCGAAUCUUCCUAAUGUCCCUAUCGCACGAGCACGCCUUAAUUCCCUCGUCACUAAUGGCGUGGAAAGUCUUCAACAUUCUAUAAGUCCGUUGAGGCAGGCUUUAGCGUUCCCAUCCCUCAUGGCCGACACACAACCCUUGUCUCCACUAGCACAGGAUGCAGGAGAAGGUGUUCAGACAGGCCCUGCUGUCAGUUAUGGCCCUGCAACACGUCGACGAUUAUCCUCCAUGGUUCAUCAACGUUCAACAUCGAUAUCUGGUGGUCACCAGGGUGCGUUAGGCGUAUCUGCGGGGGAACCCACUUCACCUCCGGGAAGGCGCGUUCCUUUGCCUACCAGUGGUCCAACCAGACCGUCGCUGGUUCACCAGACUUUGGCCGAAAGUCCCGAUGAGCAGCGUGAACAAUAUACAUCGCCCGAACCUGUGCCAGCCAGACGAGCGGAGGGUGACGAUCCACUACUAUUGACCAGGUUGGAUCGCAUGGAGGACAGGCAGAGACGGAUGGAGGAUCUGUUAGUGAGGCUGAUGCACAAGUUUGAGCGAUAGCUCUCAUGACUUUGGUAUUUAUUUUAAUUUUUGGAAGGAAUGACGCUGUCCUCCGGAUGGAUCGAUUCAUGUAUCAUUACUGUAGCAUUGCAUUAGAUAUCUAUGAUAAUCCCAGUAUGUAAUGCCAUAUCGGAAAGCAGUAUUAAGCAGAUCGGGGUAUCU